AUGAAUCCACCAUUGUUUAAAUAUGUUUCUUUGCCGAUCACCACUCAAGAGCAAGCAGAUGAGCUCAUUAAGUUGAGCUUAUCGGUCCAUGCUUUACCAUCUCUCAGAACACAAAAUGGUAAGAAGAUUUGGUACCUCACUCCAAAUCAAUUUAAAUUGACAAAUCCACACUGGGAUAAGAUGAUUUCAGACGUUGUUGAGGAUUCAGCUCGACGUGGAUUGGGAGUAAGCUCCAAGAAGCAAAUCUCACAUGAACUUGAGUACUUGGUAUUAUACCAAGAAGGAAGUGUCGAUUUUCACAGAGGAAAGAAGCACACCACUCACGAACAUCACCGCCUGAAAGCUGAGAAGCAACCAUUUGCAAAACUUAUCGUUCAAUUGCCUUCAGUGUACAAUGGUGGUGUAGUCAUUGUUCGAUACAAUGAGAAGGAGGUUCAAUAUGAUUUCUCAGAUUCUUCAAGUUAUUUACCGUCCUAUAUAUCAAUGUAUGAUGAGUGUGAUCGUGAAGAAUGCUCCAUUCAAAGUGGCUAUCGAUUGUGUCUCGUCUACAAAAUUGUUUUCACAGGAGGAGUGGGACGAGUUCCAAAAUUUGAUCAUGGAGCACAAAUCAGUCACGAUUUAACAAGAAUUGUAGAUGAGUGGUCAGAUCAGGAAAUUCCCAUGGCAUUUUAUCCACUCUCCAAUGUGUACUCUCAGACAUGCUUUAAUUUCGAAUCUCUUAAAGAUGACGAUGCAUUAAUUUUCAAUUUACUCAAUACGUUCAAUGCUCGAUACUCACUGUUACACUUGUUCCUUGCAGUUUUCGAGAAGAAAGCACUAACAACAGCCAAAAGUAAUGAGCCACAAAACAUUACCUAUCGAGCAUCUUCACUAUUGGGUCCAAAUAAUGACACUCGAUUCCAAAAAUAUGAUUUGACUUUGGACGUCUCGAGUAUAUUUCCUUUCGAUACUUUGCAGGACAUGCCUUUCAAAGAGAAGAAACAGUGUGGCAAUGGUAUGAUAGAAUUGAGAUGCACUUGCACGUGCUUAAUCAUUAUUCCUAAAAAGGUUGACUACAUGUUCUGGGCAUAUACAGAUCCAAUGUCUUGUUAUAAGGGAUUUUUAUCCCUCUAUAAGCAAUACAAAAGUGAUCCGACACGAAGAGAUGCCUGUAUUCGACUUGCCCUCUCGCAAAAAGAUUCACCUUCUUUCAAAAACAAUAUUACUGAACUUGUACCCAUUCUGAUUGAUUUGAAAGAUACCAACUUGUUGAAAACAUUUAUUGCGAGCGCUUCAGCCAAUAUCACUCUCGGUACAUGGAAUGUCAUCUUGUCACAAUUUUCAAUGGAUGAUUUAAAGCAAGAGUUUUUGUCGAGCGUGGUUCAAUCGACAUGUGCCAAUGCCAACAGCCUUGGUCAAAGAUUACAAGCAUCCAUUGAAAUGGUAUCGAAAUUUAAUAAUUUACAACUCUCUCAAGAAUUUAUCACUCGGAUCAUUGAAACUGUUAGUACCAAUACUGCUCUACAGUUUAUCUGCAUUCAAGUCAUUGGCAUACUACUGAAUGCAGUAAAUUCGUUACAACUACCGAUCACUCCUGCAUUCAAGAAGGUACUAGUGAAACGUCUAGAUAAUUAUGUAUUCUCGGAUAAAAUUAUGGGAAUCGUUACAUCCGUAUUGAAGACAUGCCUCAAGAAUGAUGAAAGACAAAUUUGUGACACUAUUGUCAAUAGCAUGUUUCAAACUGUGACUCCACAAAUUCUAGAGAAUUCACUGGAGGGUUUUAUUGCUAUCAUUCACUUGAUCGGAUUGGAGUUAACAAUGUCACGAGUGCAAAAUGUUCUUAAAAACAUCAAUUCAAUUCCAGGAUAUUUGAGCAUCAUGACCAAACUACAAACAAAUUACUUGGAAAGUAAUUCGGAAAAUCACAAGGAAGCAUUUUUUAUUUUCAAGGAAUGCAAACAACAUGUCAUUAAUGCAUUUCAUCUCAUGCAAAACCUUGAUCUCUCUAUUUGCCAACAAGUACUUUCAUUUUUUUGGAAAUGCAAAUUGGUCGAAGAUAUUACUGUACUCACUUCAACGAUAAUUGUCAAAGCAGGAACAGAUUACGAAACAUUACUCGCUCUCAUUCAUUUUAUUGACAAAAACUUGGGACUAAAUGCAUUUCAGCACAUUGCAUUCAAUUCAAUCCUUUUGAACUGCUCGAAUAUUGUCAAGGUACACUUAUCUCAAGCUUCAACAAGUACUGGACAAGAUUGGUCUUUCAAUGUUGAAACGAUGUGCCAUUGCAACUAUUGCCAACCUGCAGAACAGUUUUUGAAAGACAAGACGCAACGACAAGUCGAGUUCAGACAUGCUGAAAAAUACAGAAAUCACAUAACAGAACGAGUGAAGUGUGCUGUUGGUGACAAUAGCAAGUAUUUGAAAUUUGAGACCAUCAAGACAGGCUCUCCCUAUGGAUUUCCAUUAAGAAAAUUGCCUGUCAACAAUUCUGGUUCCUCAUCUUCCUCACAAGUUCCAGGAUAUAUUGUCACAAAUUCACCCACAGGCAUGUCCUCAAGCAAUAGUAAUGCAUCGAUUGCCUCGACUUCAUCAUCGUCAGGUGUCAAAAGGGUCAUCAACCAUUCUUCUUCUUCAUCCUCGUUGAAUCCACCAAACAAAAAGUCCAAGGAACGCUAA